UAUUUCCUAUUAAAGUUGAGCUGAGAGAAGAAAAAGUUUGGUAAAAUUGACUCUAGUAUUUGGAUUCGUUUCCUUUUCUGAGAGGAUAUCCUGUAAAACGCGUUGCGAUCUCAUCGACCCAAAACAAUGGUGGCAAGUCUUUAUGGAGGGGCAUCUAGGAAAGAAAAACCAAGAGGCCGUCAUCAUGGGUUAACACAGCAGAAGAAGCAAGAGAUUAAGGAAGCAUUUGAGCUAUUUGACACAGAUGGCUCAGGCACUAUUGAUGCCAAAGAGCUGAAUGUUGCCAUGAGGGCUCUUGGUUUUGAGAUGACUGAAGAGCAAAUCAAUCAAAUGAUUGCAGAUGUUGACAAGGAUGGAAGUGGUGCAAUAGAUUUUGAUGAAUUUGUGCAUAUGAUGACAGCUAUUGGUGAAAGAGACUCUAAGGAAGAGCUCAUGAAAGCAUUCCAGAUCAUUGACCAAGAUAACAAUGUAAAUUUCUGUUAGUUUAGACCUUGAGUU